AUGUUUGCCCGCAAGAACACCAAGGUCGCUCUCACAUUCUUUUGCCUCGUCGUCGCCCUGGGCUUGGCCACUGUUGUCGAGGCGAACUCGCUCGUUCAUCCUUCCCGCGACCAUGUCGAUAUCUCCCGCCGAAUGGUGAAGAAGCGCGCCGACGGCGGCGCCCUCGCCAGCAUCUUCAACCCGGUCCUCGGCGGCGAGGGACCCCACUGCCUCCCUCUCGUCCAGCUCAAUCUCACAGGUUCGACGGGCUCGACCACGACCUCUGGGACGGAUUUGAUGUUCAUUGCGCCUACUCAGACGACCUCUGGGUCGAGCACUACUACUACCGGUACGAGCUCCGCCACGAGCCUUACGUCGUCCUCCACCACGAGCGGGUCUUCCUCCUCGACCGUCUCCACGUCCAGUACUUCGUCGUUGUCACCCACUUCCGCCCCGGAGAACCCCGCUACAUCGGCGGCUGAUAAUACCCAGCCUUCUGCCAACCGCAGCACGGCCACUAUUACGAGCGUCGUUCCGGGCUCCACAUCCUCGUCUCCCUCGUCCAACAACCAGACCACCAGCGCUUCGACCGACUCCAAGAAGAUAACAACAGCGACGCUCACCGUGAUCGUCGCUGUUGCGGCCUCCGUCGGUGCUGUCGCGCUCGCUUGGACCCUCUUCCGCAAGUGGAAGCUCCGCCCGUCGUCCAACUUUGAUGACCGCAUGCAACCCAUCGACUGGCAGCCCACCACCAACGACGACUCAGGCCUCCCCACCCACCGCCGCACCAACUCGAACGCCUCCCACGGUUCAUUCCAUUCUUCAACCCACCACGGCACGAACGCCUCUUCGCUCCCCGAACACGACUUCACUGCUGGACCGGCCACCCUGGCGCCCGUGGGUGGUUACGCUGAUCUCCAGCGUGGCCCCAGCCCGGGCCCGCAGAUGGGCGAGCUUAACCGUGGCCCGAGCUUCAACCACGGUGGUACGGCUAUGGGGCGCGCUACUAGACCACCCUCUCGUUGGACUGCUCCGUGA